CCCUCAGGCUUGACUCAGACGAGGAAAAGGAUCUCUCUUUAACUCUGAUAUUUUUACAAGGCAGAGCAGCAAACACAACGUAAUGUCAUGUGCCUUGACUAAAGCAACCUGAGAAACCUGUGCAAUCACUGUUGCAGAAGCAGUCCCUAGAACUACCUGCUUUUUAUCUGGAGAACAAGUAAAGAGCAGAAUUUCACGGGGGAGUAAAAAUGCAGUGUGAAGACCAAAAUAAAAAGGAAAAAGAGGUGCAACCCCAGAUUGGGUCAAACUCACUAGAGGCAGGAACCAUAUUAACAACCCCAAUUGGAUACAUUGAAUCCUGUUUUAUGACAAAGAAUGGCACCCCCCGACAGCCAUCAGUUUGCAGUCUGUCGCGUGGUUGUUUAAGGAUAAGCAAAAGUGUCUUCAACAACCCAGAACAUUCACUAAUUGGGUUAGAGCAAUUCUCACAUGUCUGGAUUGUGUUUGUAUUUCAUAAAAAUGGUCGAUUGAGUUGCAAAGCUAAAGUCCAGCCACCAAGACUGAACGGCGCAAAAACUGGCGUGUUUUCCACAAGGAGCCCACAUCGCCCUAAUGCAAUAGGAUUAACUCUUGUUAGACUUGAAAAAGUUGAAGGUAGCACACUUUACUUAUCUGGGAUUGAUAUUAUACACGGUACGCCAGUUGUUGACAUAAAGCCUUAUAUUCCGGAGUAUGAUUCACCACAACCUACAAUCCCAUUUGAAGAUGUGCAGCGGAAGAGCCCAUAUAAACAAGAUGAGAGUCCAAACUGUGCCUUAUCUGAAACCUAUACAGAAACUGAAGAAAAAUCUACAAGGCCUGAUCAGCCCACCAGUGACCAUUCACCACAUUCACCAGACUCUGAGCAGCACAUACCAGACAACCCCUCUAAGAUUACUGACAUUCCCAAAGAGACAAGGAAAUUAGAAGAUCAAAAUUUGAAGAGAACAGAAAAAAUGCCUUUUCCUAUUUUUGAGGAUCAGUAUCCCAGAGAACCAGAAUGUGAAAAGGCCACAAAAGAUGAUCUGUUAACAUUCACACAGGAAAAGGCUUCAAAAUCAACUGCAGCCAACAAUAAUUGCAGAACUGGGGAAAGCUUUGUUCCCACCUGGGUAAGAGAUGCACCUGUGGCCAUAUUAAAAGUGAGGUUUACUCCCCAUGCAGAGAAGGAACUGAUGCAGUUUAAAGCUCCAAAUUCCACAGGUGAGCCAUCAUUUCGAUACUUCCAGUCUCCAGAAGAAGCAAAAUGUGCAAUAAGCAACGUGCUGUGUGCUGAUCCUCGAUCUGUGUACCGGAGGAAGCAGUGCCAGGACCGUCUAUUUUAUUUCAGUCUGGACACGGUUCAUGUUACCUGUUGGUUUGGUGAUGGGUUUGCAGAAGUUCUUCGAAUACAGCCCAUCAGAGAGAACGCGAAAGCCCAGAGCUGACACAGACUCACUGAAUAUGAUGUUCAUCUUUUGCCAUUUCUAUAAAUACAUGUCUGUUAAACUGUAUUCUUAUGUGUACGCUAUUUUGUCAUAUGAGAAGUUUCACCAAUUGCCCUAUGCUUCCUCUCAUUCUAUUUUAGCUCCUCUGACAACCCUGAUACAACUGGGGUAUGAGUCAGAUGAAAGGAAAUGCCUUUUUGAGUUAAGCCAAACACAGUUCUAUGUGCAAUUGCUUAGUAUUUUAAAUGUAUGUAAUAACAAUGAAACAUUUCAGUGGAUGCUUCAUCAGAAUAAUGUGCUAUAUGUGUGAAUUUUGGAAGUACAGUUGGGUAGUGACUGCCCUUAUCUGUUAUUAGGAAUCGUUCAGGAUAAAAGUUCAAUAAAUCACAUUCAAUGUAUAGUGUAAAAUACUUUUUGAUAUAUGCCACCUAGUAGCAGUAGUCAUAACUCAGGAAAUAUCCUGGUGCUGCUUCCAUUCAUAAGUAUCUUUUGGGCCACAAUACCAAGUCUUGCCACUGUGGGGCAAUAAAGUGUAUUUUCUCUGAAUUAUGUGGGAAUUUGGCACAUUUAUAUAUUGAAGCUGGAUUGCGUGAAUGCAUUCAAGCAUAAAAAUGAUGUUUUAAUGUUGCUUUUAUUAUUUCCCGAUUUUUAGGCUGAAUUAAAAGUAUGCUCAGACUUU